AUGCCCCAAUCCGAACUGCUGCCCGAUGUAACCGCUGAUGCCCGAUCCCCGCUGCUGCCCAAUGUGCCUGCCCUCUACAUGGGAGUUAAUGUACAGGAUGAUGAGCCUGCGGUACAGCCUCUGCACAAUGACGGGCUGCCACGCCUAAGGCACAAUGCCAGCCAAUCAGAGAGCAGAGCUGAGCAUUAUAAGGCACACAGUCCCAUCUACUGCAGGACAGAGACAACUGACAGCAAACAUAGAGAAAACAUCUGCAGACAGCUGCAAGGUGAAAGCUGGACCUCUGAGUGCAACAAGGAGAUCACAUCGGAGAAGAUGAAGCUUAUCCUGACCUUAGCCUUUGCUUGUGUGCUUAUUAGUGGACUGGAAUCGACGUUCUCCAAACAAACAAGCAACACAGAAGAUUGUGUCUGCUUAAAUGGAGGUACCUGUUUGUAUCGCAGAUUCCACCGCAGACCCUACAGAUGUGCCUGCCCUAUAGGAUAUGAUGGACAGCACUGUGAAAGAGACAUGCAAGCUACAUGCUACAAAGACAUGGGCCAGGACUACAGAGGCACUGUAUCCCAAACCACUCACAACUAUGCCUGCCUGCGCUGGGACUCCCCACUUUUGAAAAAUCAUUAUUUCAAUGCCAACAUGAAGGAUGCCUUAAAGCUUGGUCUAGGGAAGCACAACUAUUGCAGAAACCCAGAGAUUGGAAUGAGACCGUGGUGCUACUUCAGGGGACCCAAAGGGAUUUCCACUAUGUUUUGUCAAAUCCCAAAAUGUGAAUUGGAAGCGACAACAGUAUCGACAACAUUGGAAAAAAUAGAACCUUCUUGUGGCCGCCGGCAGCACAAGCUGUAUAAAAUCGUUGGUGGGAUGAGCAGUCCAAUUGAAUCCCAGCCAUGGAUAGCCAUGCUCUACCAAUCCAGCCGCAGAAACAGAGAGCAACUCUUCUUUCAGUGUGGAGGAAGUCUUAUUCAUCCCUGUUGGGUGGUCACUGCAGCACAUUGUUUUCCAGACGGUGAGUUUCCUGAACCCAAGGACUAUGCCAUCAUUUUGGGAAAGAAUAACUUUGAUGAAACCAAUGAGUUCAGAGAACAGAAGUUUUUUGUGGAGAAAAUCAUCCGUCACAAACAUUACAGCGAUCAGACAAAUGCUCUGGACAAUGAUAUUGCACUGGUGAAGAUACGUUCAGAAUCUGGAGAAUGCGCUGCCAUGACCGAUCAUGUUCAGACUAUCUGCUUGCCACCACCGGACCUUACAUUAGAAGGUGGAACAAAGUGUGAGAUUGCUGGAUUUGGAAAGGAGACUUAUGAUAGCAUUACGUACUCUCAGGUCCUGAAGUCUUCCAUGGUUCAGAUAAUCCCUCAGAAUGUAUGCCAGUCACCGGAGUAUUAUGGGAAACUGAUCAAUAACAAUAUGUUUUGUGCUGGAGACCCGGCAUGGAAGGUGGAUGCUUGCAAGGGAGAUUCCGGUGGUCCUCUUAUCUGCAACCACAAUGACAAAAUGGUACUCUAUGGUGUAAUAAGCUGGGGUGAUGAGUGUGCCAAGAAAAACAAACCUGGAGUGUAUACCCGAAUGACAAACUACCUGAGCUGGAUAGAGGAAAACAUGGCCGAAUCGUCCAGUAUGAGCGCCAAUUUUAUUCCAAAGUAAUUAAAAAAUACUGAGAAUCUUGAAAACAAAGCUGUGAAGACGCAAAUUAGCUUGUCGAUGUAAACGAAAUCUAAAGAUUUAUCUAACGAUCUAAAUCUAAAGAUUUUUACAGAGAUUGCACAGUGGAUGGUCAGCUUUAGAACCAUGGCUAUUAUGGUCACUCUGGUUCAUACUUGGAUACCAGAAACAUGAGUAGACAUAGAGACAAUCAAGUAUCUUUACAGAAUGAUGCAUCUGUGUUUGGUAUCCCUAAGUAUUAAGACUGUUACAUUUCAAGGACUGUUUGUAGGCCUUGACUCUGGUUUUGAUGGUAGUUAAUCUGUUUUGCAGACUUGAGGUUGAUUUACUAAGUGCUUGGUAUACACCUGCAUUAAAAGCAACUUGCAGUGAAUAGCUUUUAACAUUUUGUCGGGGGGGUGGGGUGCUUGUUGCCCCCUCAACAACAAGUGUAAAAUAGGUCUAAAAAGUUGAGAAUCUUCACAUAAUAAAUUAUAUAAAUAUUCACUUCAAUUAUCCAAUCACAUGGAGCAGCACGUUCCUGCUCACUUAUUUCUUCUCCAUAUGAUUGCGUAUUCAAUGUGAACAGGAAUGUGCUUUUCACAUGGAUGGAUAAUUGACGUGAAUAUUCAAAUUUGCCUCAUUGUACCUAGAUAAGUGGACAUUUCUUCAGGUUAAUUAUUUAGUCAAACAUUUCCAAUUUGCCUGAUUUGCAAACUGCAAAUCGCGGUAAAAAACGCUGCAAUUUGUCGUAGCAAAUCGUGGUAAAAAACACCGCAAAUCGCCUACGCCUAGGUGUGAAUACAGCCUAAGUGAACAUUUUCAAUUUCUGUGUAAAUAUUUGAAACAAAUGAAGACAAAACAGGUAUACUGUCCACCGCAAGAUGUAUGUGAUUGAGACAUAUUUACAACAAAAAACGACAAACUUCUUAUGGCCAAUACCCAGUUAUGCUCUGUACACACGAUCGGUUCAUCUGAUGAAAACGGACCAAUGGACCGUUUUCAUCGGACAAACCGAUCGUGUG